UCCUGAGCCCGACCGAGCUCAGCAUGUCCCAGCACAACGUCACUGUGGUCCGGACCACCAGCAGCAGCAGCAACGUCCAGCAGAGCAGCAGUCCGGGGCUAGUGGACAGAGACUACCCCUGCUCCAUCCAGGCCAUCCUCAAGCUGUGCCAGGCGGUGUGCUUGCUGAUCGCUUUCCUGUGUGUGAGAAGCUCGGUCUGGACAGACUACAGUGCAUAUCGCUAUUUUGAAGUCAUUACAAUAUGCUUCAUGAUAUUAAUACUUAUCUUGUAUGCUGUGUCCCUGUUCCGGAUAUACAGGAUGCUGACUUGUGUGUCAUGGCCAUUGACGGAGCUGUUACACUAUGCCAUCUGCACCAUUCUUCUGCUCAUUGGCUCCAUUGUGGCUGCUGUGAAAAGUUAUAGUGUCGGCGGAUUAGUGGCUGGAUCGAUCUUUGGAUUCAUAGCUACGUUCCUGUGUACCGUGGGCAUGGUGCUAUCAUAUAAAGUCAAAUUUGUCACCCAGUCAAGCGGUGCCUCGGUAUGAGUGGCCAGAUAUCUUAGUAUUCCAGAGAUGAAAGGAGGUGAACCAUGAAAGGUGUUGGCGCUAUUAGUGAACAAACAGAAUUUCCUUCAUGAUAAAUGUGAUGUAGGAUCUGAAGACUGAGGGCAGCUACCUGAGUGUAAGUGAGGAAUUCAUGUAGCAGCUGUCACACUGCAUAGAAGCCCUUCCAAUGUAGCACGUUGGUGACUUGAUGGCGAGCU